UUUAUCUCAUUAAACUCCUCUCCCUCACUUCCUUAUCCUCCAAAAACCUCCUUGUUUCUCUCUCUCUAGACCCAAAGAGAAAAAGAACAGAAACAUGGACAAGAAACCAUGCGACGGCAAUGGCAAGUCCCAAGAUGUCGAGGUGAGGAAAGGGCCGUGGACGAUGGAGGAGGAUCUCAUCCUCAUCAACUACAUAGCGAAUCACGGCGAAGGUGUUUGGAACACCCUAGCCAAAGCUGCCGGUCUGAAGCGUACCGGGAAGAGUUGUCGGCUCCGGUGGCUGAACUAUCUGCGACCCGACGUCCGGAGAGGCAACAUCACUCCCGAGGAGCAGCUCUUGAUCAUGGAACUGCAUGCUAAGUGGGGAAACAGGUGGUCUAAAAUUGCAAAGCAUCUGCCCGGGAGGACCGACAAUGAGAUAAAGAACUUCUGGAGGACUAGGAUCCAAAAGCACAUCAAGCAAGCAGAGGCUUUCUCCGGUCAGAGCUCCGAGAUGAAUGAUCAAGCCAGCACAGCCCAGAUGUCCAGCAUGCCGGAGCCAAUGGAGAUCUAUGACUCGCCGCCAUCAUUCCAAGGCGGUGGCAACAGCAGCAACAACAACAACAACAACAUGGAGGCUUUUCCAGCGAACUUAUCGGUUGAGUCGAACGAAGCCUACUGGAGCAUGGACGAUUUAUGGUCGAUGCAGCUACUCAACGGGGACUGAUCGCCAGGCAACAUAAUGAUGCAGUAGUCGAAAUGGAUCGACGACAAUAAUAGCUAGGUUUGUUUAAAUGAGGACAGUAGCUUUUAUCUCAUACGUAUCUACGUAUAUGCGCUAGUUUAGAAGCUAUCUACAAAUAUAUGCCUGAGUUGUAAACGAACUACCAUCUGUAGUUCGCAUCCCCGCUAUGUAAUGACUGCAAAAUAAUGAAGAGAGAGAGAGUAUUUGGCUUA